AUGAACCCUUUCAACAACCCUUUAUUCAUCGGAUCCGGUUCAACACCCCCAAAUUUGCCAUCGGACUCGAGUUCUUCCGAUGAGACGGACCGUUAUGUUAACCUCUUUGCAAUGGCGCAUCACGCGAUUGAUCAAGAAGUCUUUGAUACUGCCUCCUCUUCAAGGAAAUAUACAAAUAGAGAUGAUCGUAUCGAAUCCCACAACCAUCUUGUUCGAGACUAUUUUGCCUCCGAGCUGAAAUUUGAUGAAGGUUUUUUUAGACAACGGUUUCGGAUGAGUCGGUGGGUGUUUUUGAAGAUUGCUACAGAUUUGGAAAGAAACUUUGAAUAUUUUCAAAGGAAGUUCGACGCUCGUGGGAAGCUUCGAUUCUCGACUUAUCAGAGAUGCACAUCCGCUAUUCGCCAGUUAGCAUACGGUUCUAAUCCCGACAGCUUAGAUGAUUACUUAAAUAUGUCGGAGAGAUCGUCACGCGACACCCUUAAUGUUUUUUGUGAUGGAGUCAUUAAGUUAUACCGCCAUGAGUAUUUGCGUAGGCCAACGCGUAAUGAUAUACAACGCAUUUUUGAUCAUCAUGCGUCUUAUCAUGUCCUGGAUUGUUGGAUUUGGCACGCGUACUUUGGUGUUGUCGGUUCAAACAACGGCAUUAAUGUGUUGAACCAAUCUCCUUUGUUCAAUUACUUUGAAGACGGCACAACACCGUUGAUUCCUUUCACUGUAAAUGGAACCGAAUAUAAGUACCCAUAUUUUCUCGUGGAUGAGAUCUAUCCAAGAUUUGCGAUGUUUGUGAAAACCAUUCCUCAUCUAAUCGGUGAGAAAAGGAUUCGAUUUGAUAAGGCACAGGAGGCUGCAAGGAAGGAUGUGGAGCGAGCUUUUGGUAUUAUAAAAAAAAAUGAAAAAUACUUGGGGAACCAGCUCGACAAAUGGAAGAACUCUCCAUUUGUAGGAACAUGUAUGCGUGUUUUAUUCUUCACAACAUGA